AUGAAAAAUAACAACAAUAAUAAUGGUAGUGCUAAUUUUUUUGGAGCAAAAGACAACAAUUUGAGCAAUUUAACUAAAAUACUCCAACAACAUCCACCGCCACCGCCAGGUCAUCAUCACCCAACAGAGGGUCAACUGCAAGAUAAUGUGCCGAAAAUAACGGCUGGGCCAAGUAACGCUGUUAUAGCAGAUGAAAAUUCAAAAACUAUAAACUCGCCAUUGUUGGGUAAUUCACCUAGAUACAACAAUUAUAAGGCAACAUCAGCAAUAGAAGAUGUUUCCAUAUCGAUUGAAGAUGAUGACUACUGGUUUCCAAGAUCAGGGACAAAUGCUUGUUGUCCAUCAUCAUUUCAUAUUGAUUGGAACGUGUCAUCAUCAAAUAUAAAAGAGUUUAAAGACGCUAUUAUGAAUCCAUGGCUACGUAAAACCAAAACUAAAAGCAAUCAUGUUCCAAUAAUCACCACUUUAAGUUUUCUAUCAAUUUUCUUGGGCUUCUACCUAGUAAUAUAUUCCUUGGGCAUUUCUUUGGAUUCUUUGAUUGAUGAUGGUUGGAUAUUUGCUUUAGAUGAUCAAAUCACAAUGUUUGAAUUCUACUCUAAUUUCGAUUUUGGAUUAAUUAAUUGGGAAGCUAUAAUAAAAACUAUUCCAACAAUGCUCACCCUUGCAUACUUUACAAUACUAAAUGUCAAUAUAAACAUUGGUAAAUUGGAAGCUUCACUUGAUGACAAUCAUCAAUUUAAUACAGAUUGUGAACUGACUGUUCAAGGAGUUUCUAAUUUAAUUGCUGGAAUAUCUGGAACUUUUCAAGUUUCCUUUGGGUAUGAAGAAUCAAGUUUAUUGAUUAAAUCAGGAAUAAACAAUCGUGUUGUAGGAUUGAUACUUGCAUUUUGUCUUGGUAUAACAGCAUAUUUUGGACAACUGUUUAUUAAAUACAUUCCUACAAUAGCUGUAGGCACAAUGGUCUUCUACUUGGGACUGAAGGUGAUAAAAGAGGCAUUGAUAGAUUCAUGGAUGUUUUUCAAUAAAUUGGAAUAUUUGAAUAUCAUGAUCACAAUGUUUGCAAUGAUAAAUAUUGGACUUCUCAAAGGAAUAUUUAUAGGAAUUAUGUUCUCUUAUAUAUUUUUCAUGAUAUUAAAUUAUCAAAAGGGUGUAAUUCGAGCAACUUUUUCAGGUAAUUCAGCUAGAUCUUCUGUCAGAAGGCAUUAUCGAGACCAAAAAUUUCUCAAACAACUUGAUAGUCAAAUCUAUGUAAUGACAUUACAAGGGUAUAUGUUUUACAGAACAAUGAAAGGAGUUGAAGACUUUAUAAAGAAUAUUUUGAUUGAUUGUGAACAGAAGAAAAGACCAAUCAAAUUCUUGAUUUUGAAUAUGUUUGGUGUUACUGGAUUUGCAAUUGAUGCUGUUCAG